AUGAAUAUGACCCGGAUCGCUCUAGUCGUCAAUCAGAACGUGUCAGACGUAACCUACUCCAUCUCACAGAUUGGUCUCUUCAUACUCGAGGUCAACGUAGGCAUGGUCUGCGCCGCGCUACCAACGCUGGGCCCGUUGAUCUUCCGCGACCGCAGUGGCUCGGGACCAGGAACGUGUUCGUCAUCUGGGAAGAUCAACUCGUUCGUGCGGCGUCGCAACGCAAAUCUAAGCAGGACCCACCCUUUCAGCGAGAUCCCGACCCUGGUCGACACGGACGACGAGGCUAUGCCGCUGCGGGACGUGACGGCGAAAGGCUCCGAUGAUGCACGACCAUCACCACGACGACCACGACCACCUGGGCCUCACCCGCAAAGCCCGAGGGCCGACAAGAACAUCAGUGUUCAAACAGAUUUCUACGUGUCUUAG